GAUUUGCAUUUUCUUGUGCAAAGAUUAGAGGAAUUAGAGCGUGGUUACUUUUGAUUUCUCUGUUGAUUGGGCAUCUAUUGUUUUUUAUGGGCUUUGGUUUGUACCCCAUAAUUUGAAGGAAUUGAAAGGACGUAGCAAAACAGAAGUAGCAAAUAUGGCAAAUGCGGCAGCUGUUGCGGAGAGGGCUACCAGUGAUAUGCUGAUUGGUCCAGACUGGGCAGUGAAUAUAGAGCUAUGUGAUAUAAUAAAUAUGGAACCCGGGCAAGCGAAGGACGCAUUGAAGAUACUCAAGAAAAAACUGGGAAACAAAAGCCCUAAAAUCCAGAUCCUUGCGCUGUUUGUGCUGGAGACUCUGAGCAAAAAUUGUGGGGAAAACGUGUUUCAGCAGAUUGCGGAACGGGAUAUUUUACAUGAGAUGGUUAAAAUUGUAAAGAAGAAGCCUGAUUUAAAUGUGCGGGAGAAGAUUCUAGUGCUGAUUGAUACCUGGCAAGAAGCUUUAGGGGGACCUAGGGGAAGGUUUCCCCAGUAUUAUGCUGCUUACAAUGAAUUGAAGGCUGCUGGGAUAGAGUUUCCUCCUCGAGAGGAAAAUAGUGUGCCAUUAUUCACUCCACCACAAACACAUCCAGUAGUUCGCCCUACUUCCCCAUAUGAGGAAGCUGCUGUUCAAGCCUCUCUUGAGUCUGAUGCUUCUGGACUCAGCUUACCAGAGAUUCAAAAUGCUGAGGGACUUGCAGAUGUUCUUAUGGAAAUGCUGACUGCCUUGGGCCCAAACGACCCUCAGGGUUUGAAGGACGAAAUCAUUGUUGACUUGGUUGAUCAGUGUCGUUCUUACCAAAAGCGUGUCUUGGUUCUCGUGAAUAAUACUGCAGAUGAGGAUCUUCUAUGCAAGGGGUUAGCAUUGAAUGAUAAUUUGCAGCGCGUUCUUCGUAGGCACGACGAUAUCGCCCAGGGAACACCAGCAGGUUGAGCAGUGAACAGGCGAACUCCAGUUGCACCUCUUAUGAAUGUGAAUCAUGAGGAUGAUGAGUCUGAAGACGACUUUGCUCAGUUAGCACGCAGAUCUUCAAGGGAUACACAAGGACUGGCCCGUAAGCCAGCAGUUGUCAAGAGUGAGCCUGUGCAGAUCAGACCUAUUCUUCCUCCUCCACCGUCUUCAGCAAGACCAACUAGCAUGGAUUCUGGCAUGGUUGAUUAUCUCAGUGGUGAUGUCUAUGAGACAGAACGGUCCUCAAGAACUUCAGGAUCCACAAAUACUCCUGUUCCAACUCAUGCGACCAACCAAACCACCAUUGCUCCGCCAAGUCCAAAACUAUCUUCCUCUCCUCCCGAUGAUUUCAUAAAUCCCACAGCUUCAAUGUUCGCACCAAAGCCAACACAUGAUGAACCUGCUCCAUCAAGCAAAUCUGCAGACCAAUUGCCACCAGCUCCUUGGGAGGUCCCAGCCGCUGGCAACCUUCCACCUCCUCCUUCCAGGUACAACCAGAGACAACAAUUUUUCGAGCAACAACAUGGACAUGGUGGUGGGCCCUCUCGUUCGAGUAGUGGAUCUGGGUCUUCCUAUGAUAGCUUAGUUGGCCAAACUCAGAAUCUCUCGAUCAAACCACCAGCCGCCUCUAAGCAAGAAAAACCUGAAGAUGCACUUUUCAGAGACUUGGUUGAUUUUGCUAAAGCCAAGUCUUCAUCACCUAAACCUAACAGGUCAUUUUGAGUUGAAUUCUAACAGGCCGUUUUGAGUUGAAUGCUGGGUUAAAUUUAUCUUUUCGGCUGACAUGAAGCAAGCGUACAUUGCUCGAUUGACUUGCUUGUGUCACAUCAUCUAGACUUUUAAAAUACAUAUUUAUGGACCUCUGGCUGUUAUGUUAAGGACUCGAAACCUCUGGGCUUCUGUAUAUCUGGGUAAAGAUUUAGCUGAGAUGAACUUCCGGGAUAUGAUUUUGUGGAUAUAGGUUGUGUUUUUUCCUUUGUCAUCAUAGUUUGUUUGACAUUAUCUAUUGUAUUUCUCUUCUGAUGCUGGCUUAGGCCAUUGCUUUUGUAUGCUUUUUGCUGUUCUUUUAUUCUAAUUCCCUGUUGUAAUUA